UUGAUGGAAAAAAUGCAGAACUAUAAAGUGGCAGAUGGGAUGAAGCCUGUGAUGGUAAUGGUGCUGGUUCAGAUUUUGUUUGCGGGGAUGAAUAUCUUGUACAAACUAGUGGCUGAAGAUGGCAUGAAUUUUACGAUUCUUAUUGCCUACCGUAUGAUGUUUGCUGCUGCCUUUAUGCUUCCCUUGGCUCUCGUAUUUGAAAGGGACUGCAGAACAAAACUUACAUGGAUGGUACUGUUUCAAGCUUUUCUCUGUGGGCUAUUUGGGGGUUCACUGUCUCAAAAUUUAUAUAUCGAGAGCAUAGCUUUAACAUCAGCAACAUAUGCAGUGGCCAUGUAUAAUCUUGUCCCAGCCAUUACUUUUAUUCUGGCCAUAUUUUUCAGAAUGGAGAAGUUGGCCAUAGACACUAAUGCAGGGAAAGCAAAAGUUGUGGGAACAGUUAUGGGGAUAGGAGGGGCUAUGCUCUUCACCUUCUACAAAGGCAUAGAGAUUAACAUCUGGUCUACACAUUUUGAUCUUCACAGCCAGCCAAAUAGCCAUGAGGCAUCAAUAUCACACAAAAGUUCUGGAAGUCUUUUGUUGGGCUCCAUGGUUUCUUUGGGUAGCUGUGUGUCCUAUGCUAUUUGGUUGAUAAUUCAGGGAAAACUAAACAAGAGAUUCCCUUACCCUUACUCAAGUACGGCUCUGAUGUCCCUGAUGGGAUCAAUUCAAUCCGUAGUGUUUGCCCUCUGCGUGGAGAGGGAUUGGAACCAGUGGAAGUUGGGCUGGGAUAUUAGACUUCUUGCAGUUUCUUAUUCGGGAGUUCUUAACUCAGGACUUGCUGUGACCCUAAUUGCAUGGGUUGUAAAGAAGGGAGGGCCAUUGUUGGUUGCAGUUUUUCAGCCUCUCUUGCUUGUGAUGGUUGCACUUGCAGGGUCUUUGUUACUGGAUGAAAAGUUGCACCUCGGAAGCAUACUAGGAGGACUGAUGAUUGUGAGUGGAUUAUACGCGGUGUUGUGGGGUAAGAGUAAGGAAUUGCAGAAGAUGACUCAAUUAGAAUCCCAAACAAGUCUCAAAUAUGAAUCCAAUUCUCAACCAAUCCAAGUCGUUACAUCUAUUCGGGGAGAUGUGAAUUCUGAGAAGGAAAUGGUUGAGAGGACGUGA